AACCCUAAUUCCAUCCUCCUCUUUCUACCCAAAUCCCUCCUCUCCUCCCCGUCCCUCCUCCGCCUAACCCCUCCCAACUCCCUCCACCUCCGCCUCUCCAAAUCCCUCACUGUCUCCUCCUCCCUAGCCUCUCCCCCGCCGCCCCCCAUCCUACUCUCCAACUCAACCCGAACCCUCUCCUCCCUCCUCACCCUCGCCCUCUCUGUCUCCAAUGCCGCACCCACCAUGGUGGAGCUUGCCAAGAUCCGGAACUUCCAGGGGAUCCUUGCCUCUACCAUGGGCCCCCUCUUCUUCACCGCCCUCAAGGACCGGCCCAGUGGGUACCUCAAUACCCCGCUCACCAUAGUCGCCUCCAGCAUGGCCAAAUGGCUCGAUAUCUACUGCGGGGUUUUCAUGGUUAAGGUCCUUCUCAACUGGUUCCCCAACAUCGCCGGCAUAGCCGCCAUGCGGGCCCUCGGUGUCCACUCCAUCGGCCUCUUCCUCCACCUCGAGAAGGGCCUCCCCCUCGGCUCCAGCACCGCCAGCACAGCCACAGCCGCCGUUGCCAUCAACGGCCUCUUCAAUGAUCGCCUCUCUCCGAUGAGCUCGUCCUUGCUGGGCUCCACCCCUCAACCAUGCUUCCAUGCCUCCCUCAAUCCCAUUGCAAAUCCCACCACCGCCUCCACCUCCUUGUCAUCGUUAGCAACUGAGUUGAUGACUCAGGUUGGUAGGUCAAUCGAUGUCGAGAUCAACACCUUGGUCGAUUUUUGA